AUGGCGGGACGGACCGCGAUGCGAACCCCUGAACCGCCCGACCGUGACGACGAACGCGAAGAUUCACCGCCACGAUUGUCGAGGCCGAGACGCACUACCCGACCACCCAGUAAUCAUGCUCGGGAUCAAGAGAUCGACAACCAGCAGAGAACGACACGGUCUCAACUGAGAAAGAAAACCCAAGACAAGCCAGUAACCCAACGUAACGCGGUCACUUCGGACGACUCCGCAACGGAGAGCGAGUACCUCAACGUCGCCGCACUCAAAGAGCUUCAGAAGGUUAAAGAAGAAUUUAGUGUUGCCCUUGCCGAAGUCCGACAGGAGCUACAGACCCAGACAGAUAGACCUUCGACACCGCAAUCCCACGUGGAGGCAUGCGCUCAGAAUAGCCACGAUGAGAUCCUCCGCGAGAUUCAAUCCUUGCGCGAUGCCAUCAGCCCUUCCGUUGCCACUGGCUCCCCGUCCUAUGCAGAUAUCGCCCGUACUCCUCCACUCAGUCACCCGAGCAACAUACGGACGCUCUCGACGUCGAAUACAACACCGACCACUUUCACCGACACGUUGUAUUGCACAAUAGAUACCUUGAAAAUGGCAGAAAAUGAAAACGAGAGGAUUUCCGCAGGCCCAAUCCGGACGGCGGUCGAGAGAGAGAUUCGGACGAUGGAAGGCCACACGCACUGGCGCUCGUGCCGCGACGAAGAUGAACACCAGCUGGUCAAGAAAGUGGCGGAAGCAAAGAUCGGCGCGGGAGCCCGGGUACUCCGUGACGAGCUCUACCCGAUCAAAGUUGACAGCGUCAACAAGGCCGCCGUGCUAGAUGAAAAAGAUGAGAUCCGAGCCGAAGCCGCAGCAGCCUUGAGCGAAGAGAAUGAAGCUACCGUGGCUAAGAUCGCAUGGCUUAGCAGAAAGGAUAGUGCGAAGGCAUAUGGGUCCAUGGUCGUUUACCUGACUAAAGGCACUGACGCACGGAGGCUUCUGGCUGACGGGUUCUUUCAUGCUGGAGGAGAAUCUGGCGUGACAAGUACCUUCGAGUAUCGACCUCGACCGAUGCAAUGUUACAAUUGCCAGAAAAUUGGACACAAGGCAUUCCAGUGCAAGAACACCCAGAAAUACGCCAAGUGCGCCGCGGAGGGCCACCGCCACAGUCGCUGCGACCAAACGGUUCCGAACGUUCGAAUCAUUCAACUGAAUGUGAGGAAACAGGGAGCAGUGCAUGACAGUAUGAUGAGCGAUGAAGAGACCCGGGACGCAGUGGCACUAGCGAUUCAGGAACCUCAAGCGAGGAGAAUCCAAGGGCGGCUCCUGACAACCCCGAUGGGACAUCACAAAUGGACCAAGAUGGUCUCCUCCACUUGGAGGGAGGGCCGAUGGGCAAUCCGAAGUAUGCUGUGGAUCAAUAGGGAUGUGGAAGCGGAGCAAGUGCCGAUCGAGUCGCCCGACCUGACCGCAGCGGUUAUCCGCCUCCCGGAGCGCCUGAUAUUUAUGGCAUCAGUCUACGUAGAGGGAGGAGAUGCCGCAGCGUUGGACGACGCAUGUGAUCGCCUCAGAAAAGCGAUCAGUAAGGUACGGCAAGAUGCGGGAACAGUGGUGGAGAUCGUGAUCGUGGGGGACUUUAACCGCCACGAUCAGCUCUGGGGAGGAGACGACGUAUCUUUAACAAGACAAGGAGAAGCGGAUCCAAUCAUCAACCUCAUGAGUGAAUUCGCUCUCUGUAGCCUGCUCAAACGAGGCACGAAGACAUGGCACGGUGGAGGGCAGAGUGGGGACUGCGAGUCCACUAUCGACCUCGUCCUGGCCUCAGCCAGCUUGACAGACUCGAUGGUCAAGUGCGCAACACACGGAACGGAGCACGGCUCGGACCACCGCGCUAUUGAGACCAUUUUCGACGCCCCAUGGCCAGCUCCACAGCACCCGGAACGACUUUUGCUGAAAAACGCGCCAUGGAAGGAAAUCAACGCGCGAAUUGCGAGCGCCUUAGCCACCACUCCUUCGGGAGGCACGGUGCAGCAGAAAACCGACCGGCUCAUGUCUGCGGUGUCGGAGGCGGUGCAUGUUUUGACGCCGAGGGCCAAACCGUCGCCACAAGCAAAGCGAUGGUGGACGGCGGACCUAACACAACUCCGUCAGAUAUACACAUAUUGGAGAAACCACGCCCGCUUGGAGCCACGAGCAGGGCGAAAGGCACCACACCUGGAAAAUAUGGCCGCAAGUGCGGCGAAACAAUACCACGAUGCUAUUCGCAAACAAAAGAAGAAGCACUGGAAUGAGUUCCUGGCGGACAACGAUAAUAUAUGGAAAGCCGCGAAAUACCUGAAGUCGGGAGAUGAUACAGCAUUCGGGAAGGUCCCACAGCUCCUCAGGGCGGAUGGAACUAUGACCGCCGAUCAUAAAGAGCAAGCGGAGGAACUACUGACCAAAUUCUUCCCGCCACUGCCGGACAGAAUUGACGAUGAAGGGACCAGGCCGCAGAGAGCGCCCGUGGAGAUGUCUGCCAUCACUAUGGAAGAGGUCGAACGGCAGCUGUUGGCGACAAAAUCUUGGAAAGCACGUGGUGAAGAUGGCCUACCAGCGAUAGUGUGGAAGAUGACGUGGCCCGUGGUCAAGCACGAGGUCCUGGAGCUAUUCCAAGCGUCGCUGGAAGAAGGCACGUUGCCUGAGCAGUGGAGACAUGCGAAGAUCAUACCGCUCAACAAACCGAACAAAGAGAACUAUACCAUUGCGAAUGCCUGGAGGCCGAUUUCCCUCCUAGCAACAUUGGGAAAGAUACUGGAAUCAGUGGUAGCAGAAAGGAUCUCACACGCGGUGGAGACGUAUGGCCUGCUUCCGACCAGCCACUUCGGGGCCCGAAAGCAGCGGUCCACGGAGCAAGCACUCCUACUCUUGCAAGAGCAAAUAUACGCGGCAUGGCGUGGCCGACGCGUCUUGAGCCUGAUCAGUUUCGACGUCAAAGGAGCCUACAAUGGGGUCUGUAAGGCACGAUUGAUCCAGAGGAUGAAAGCGCGAGGUAUACCAGAGGCUCUGCUUCGGUGGGUCGAGGCGUUCUGCUCGGAGCGAACGGCGACCAUCCAAAUCAAUGGGCAAGCAUCGGAGGCCCCAAACCUCCCACAGGCUGGACUGCCUCAGGGCUCACCCCUGGCCCCAAUCCUCUUCCUCUUCUUCAACGCAGAUCUCGUACAACGACAGAUCGACAGCCAGGGAGGAGCGAUGGCCUUCGUGGAUGACUUUACCGCGUGGGUGACCGGACUGACUGCGCAGAGCAACCGGCAAGGUAUUGAAACGAUCGUCAAUGAAGCACUCGACUGGGAAAGAAGAAGUGGAGCGACUUUUGAAGCAGAGAAAACUGCAAUUAUACACUUCGCCCCCAAGGCCCACAAAUCGGAUUCAGAGCCAUUCACCAUUAAGGGAGAGACCGUUGAACCCAGAGACCAUGUCAAGAUUCUUGGCGUCAUAAUGGAUACGAGACUCAAAUACAAGGAACACAUCGCGAGGGCAGCGUCCAAGGGACUUGAGGCGGCGAUGGAGCUUCGGCGGCUUCGGCUAUUCACCUCGUCGGUGGCCCCGGUGGUGGACUAUGCCUCCAAUGUCUGGAUGCACGCUUUCAAGAAUAAGAACAUCGGGCCGAUCAACAGAGUCCAGAGGGUAGGAGCGCAAGCGAUUGUCGGGACAUUCCUCACAGUUGCGACCAGCGUAGCGGAAGCGGAGGCUCACAUCGCCACGGUGCAACACCGGCUCUGGAGACGAGCUGCGAAGAUGUGGACGGACACGCACACUCUACCGGUAACCAAUCCACUCCGCAGGAGUACAGCUCAGAUCAAGAAGUUCAGAAGAUACCACCGUUCGCCAUUGUAUCAGGUCGCAGACGUGCUGAAAAGCAUUGAGAUGGAAACCCUGGAGACCGUCAAUCCAUUCACAUUGGCACCAUGGGAGGAACGUGUACAGGGAGAUGGUCAAGAUCUACCAGAGACACUGACCGAAACGGGCGGGGUCAUGCGGAUCGCGGUCAGCAGUUCGGCGCGGAAUGAGAUGGUAGGAUUUGGCGUGGCGAUUGAGAAGCGGCCACCUCGGUAG